AUGGUGGUUUGUGAAAAUGGAACAAAUCAUGUUAUAAUACUCGAUUGGGGUAAAUACGCAUUUAACAUCAAUUACUUCCAAGUUGCCAAAGACGCUUUUGGAGUAGGCGAUUUGUGGAAUCAAUGUUUAACAAAGAUUGUGGCAGCAGGUCUUGACCUGUCACUAUUCCACAUAAUUGGCUUUUCCUUGGGUGCUCACAUAGCUGGCUUUGCUAUGGGAUGCAAUGACUUGAACAAAACACUUCGUAUUACAGGAUUGGAUCCCGCAAAUCCAACAUUAUAUCCUGCUCAAUGCUAUUUCAAUCCCUCAAAUCAGACAGGAGUAGAAGCCGUUCAUACAAACAUGGGCCAAUUUGGCACCUGUUGUUCUAUGGGAGAACAGGAGUGGUUCGUGAACAGUGGUCAUUGGCAAUCUAGUAAUUGCCCAAACAUUGAUAUUCCUAACGCACUUAAGGAUGCAUUUAUCUCUGCAUUUAACUUAGCAAUUGGACCGGGUUUUAACGAUGCAUUAUCAUACUGUAAUAAUCGAAGUUAUUAA